AUGAAAACAAUGGAAACAGACUAUGAGGAACCAGAAAGUCAUAUUGUUCGACAUAAACCUGUUGGUAUUAAAACAUUGUUAAGAAAAACAAGAUUCUCAAGAAAAGAAUUACAAAUUAUGUAUCAAGGAUUUAAACAAGAAUGUCCAGCUGGUACACUUAAUGAAGAUUCAUUUAAAGAUAUCUACUGUAAAUUUUUCCCUCAAGGAGAUGCAACUGUAUACGCUCAGUUAGUAUUCAGGUCAUUUGAUCAAGAUCGUAAUGGGACUUUAACAUUUGAACAAUAUAUUCAAUGUUUAUCGUGUUUAAUGCAUGGUACACAAAAUGACAAAUUACGUUGGGCAUUUCGGCUGUAUGACAUUAAUGGUGAUGGUUAUGUGACUAAGGGUGAAAUGCUUAAAGUUGUCAAUGCAAUUUAUGAUUUAUUGGGAAGAAAUACAGAACCGCCAAUUAAUGAGUCGACCACAGCUAAUCAUGUAGAAAGAGUAUUUCAAAGAUUAGAUUUAAAUCAAGAUGGUGUAAUAAGUUAUGAAGAAUUUUUACAGGCGUGUACUUAUGAUCAGACUGUUUGUGAUGCCCUUGAUAAACUUACAACUAUUUUAUAA